UGGGCUCAGCCGCACGUGCAGCGUCUGGUCGCGGUCCCGCUCCUUCCUCCCGCGACCCCAGAGCAGCUGGUCUUUUCGAAAGGAGGAUGAAAAGAGAAACAAUGCGCAAUUCAUGGCUUGGUUUCAACUGGAAGUGACGAUGAUACAUUUAUCAUUAUCAAAUAAACAUCCUCUUGGUUUAUUAGCAUCAUCGGCAGCUAUAUGCGAUAUCAAGAAUCUCAAAUUAAAAUAAAAUAAAAUCACCGUAAGUUAUUAUCAGUUGACUUUCAUUGAUAAUGAAUCUACCGUGAGCUCUAUAUUGUGUUUUAAUUGAAGUUGAAAAAAGUUAAUAAUAAAUUAGAAAAACAAACAACUGAAUCUACGCAUUCGAUGUUUAUCAUAGCAAAAACACUGACAAGUGCUUAAUUAUAUUUGCACAACUUCUCAAGUCAACAUUAAGAGGAGCCAUGGAUGCCGCAUCUAAUGUAAUGCAUCUUGCACUCGCGGUAUUUUCGCAACAAUAAACACAGUGAACCAUGCAGGAACUCGACGGAGACGUGGCUGUUAUCCUCCGCGAUCUCGUCGACUUCCUAGAAUGUCUGGGCGAUGUUGAGCUCUCGGAGGUUGCACAGAUCGCGCGAGAGACGCUACUAUCGCGGUCACGCGCCAUCCUCCAGCAAUCGCCGCUUCAGGUUUCGAAUUCGCCGGAACCCUAUCUGGACAUGAAUGCCGGCAAGAGUUUACUAUUGCUAACUGGCGAGGAGGCCGAGCAGCCGCCAGAGUAUGUCGGCGCCGAUGAGCAGCAGCCCAAGAGAGGGUCACUUCAGCAUUACUACGAGACUUUUCAAGAUUUUCGGGGAGACGGCAGCAAAGAAAAGAUGGAUGGGAAACUUGAGAGAUACAAGGAUAUGGAUAAUGUUGUACUUUUAUAUGCAGGAUUUUCAGCUCUGCAAGCGAAAGAUAGAUCGUCAAAAUCAGGACCGCUUUUACAUCUCAAAAGGGAACGUCGGAUGUUCGCACCGUUUAAAGUAUUUUGGCUGAAUAGAUGGUGCUGGGUAAGUUUGGUUGGUUCUCAUCUGCUGCUAUAUGCAAGCGAGCGUGAAAAUCGACCGUAUCUCGUAGUUUCUCUGCGAGGAUAUAAAAGUCGUCCAGCUCCUGGAAACAGUGCUCGUGAUCCACGUCGAAGCGAGGCUACCUUUGAGAUAUACUGUCCGGGCGAUCGUACUUUUCAAUUUGUUGCGAAAAGUAGUCAGGACAUGAAGGAGUGGGUUGAUGUGAUUUCUGAGAGUUUUAAACACGAAGAUGAAUCAAGGAUGAAAAACAGAGCAGCAACAUUCGUUGAAAUACUAGAACUGGAGUCGAAUGAACGCAUGUGCAUUGAGAGGGUAAAGGAGGAGAAAGAAAAGUAUCAAGAUGUCUUGAAUUCACCAAAGUCAAAGACUAAAGCGAAACAAGCUGCACAAGGUGUUGUACAUGAGAAGGAAAAAAUUGAUUGUAAAGAAGAAGCACCGCCGUUACCAGCAAGAACAAGGAGAUUGCCAUCUUUGCCAUCGCAAGAAAAAAUUUUAUAUGAAAAUAAAGAAGAGCCCUAUGACGAAGAAGGGCUGUACCACAGAAUUGAGGAUGUCAAAGCUCAGAGGGAGUAUCAAAAUUGCCAGAUUAAUUAUAAUGGGUCGAUGGAGAGGCAAAGCACUGUUGUUACAUCAAGUGAUUUUGUUCAAGAGGCGUAUGAUGACGUUGAGGAUAUUUCAGAUAGAUUGAAGGAAAAGUCGGACGAGCCCGUGGAGACUUACGAUGAUAUACAAAACAUUGCACAAGAGAAAGAUGAGUCAAUAUCUUAUGACGAUAUUCAGACCGUAGCGGAUAAUGUGCAGAUCAAGCCGGAAAAAGAGAAAUCGCUCAAAGUACAAAAAUCAUCUCAAAAACGAUCUUUUCUUUAUCGUGUCUGCAAUCGGAAAGAGUCAAUGAAGAAAGAGGAUAAGAAAGCAAAGUCCCCAACGCCUUCGAUAUCUUCCACAACAGCAGCAAUGUCAGCAACAACAACGGAUAAUGCUAAAGUCGAGCUGCCUUGUUACGAUGACAUCUCGAACUUAGCAUCGAAUGGGAGUGGCAUUGCUUCGCCAGGAAUAAACGAGGAGGAUUAUCAAUCACCGCCGCCUCCGCGGCCGAUUUACUCGAGACCGCCAACAAUCAUCAAAUGUGCCCUGCCAGACGAAAUUUACGAUGAUAUCGGAUCUUGCAUCGAGGCUAAUGGUAACAACUGCAAGAGCUGUGCUAACAUCGAUAUCAUCAAAGAUUAUCCUAAACACAGUGCUUUGCUAUCCGAUCUUCAGUUAAAUAUCGAUCAAGAUUACUAUCAAGUACCGAAAUCGAAUAACCGUAAAGUCGAUGAUUAUCAGGAAGAGCUUUAUGACGAUGUGGCGCUUUCGGAAACUUUCAAAAAUCGUCCACGUGAUUCCGUAGUUUUGUGUUCCAACCCGGAAAAAAGUGUCUGGAGUCGUUUUGGUAGUGGUAAAAGACCGCGUAUCUUCGAUCAUGUCAUUAGACAAACAUCUUGCAACGACUCAAAUGAUACUCCCGAUGAGAUUACUGGCGAGAAUCAGAAUACCAAGAUUAUAUCCUUCCAAAAGUUUAUCAGCAAAAUGGAAAAUACACUUGGCAAGGCAACUAAAGCUAAUGGUGUUACCCAGACUUAAUGGCAUCCAUAUUUAAUACGCAAGUAGAAAAUAAAACUGAAAAAGCCUGAAGAAUUAAUUAUUGUUGUUCUAU